AAGAGCAGUAUAGCAUGACGCUGAACGUUGUGGCUGGGCGAGAAGAGUUUCAUCUUGGCAAAGAACACCAUCUGGUUGAUGUACGCCACAGACGGAGUGAAGGAUUUGCCUAUCUUUUCCAGCACAAUCAAACCCUGGGAGAUGACUUUGGCGGAUGAUUCUACCUUCAGCAGCUUGAUAACCUCAUCAAUCAACUGAUAACCAUCGAUGCCAGUUUCGGUGGCCAGAUCAGCAAACAAGGAGAGAAUUUUCACACGCACGGCAGACUCGGGUUCACGCAGAAAGUGUUCGACCAGCUUGCGGAUUGCGUCCGGGAACUCGUUUUCGUCGAACUGCAUCGAAUCGGUGAUUUUGAGCAGAAUCUGGAGGGCCUCGUUGCUGGACGCAUCUUCCAGCAGGUUAACAUACGCCAGGAUGGACGUGAGCGUUCCGUUGGACUUGCAAGCAUUACGCCGAAUUCGUUUGUACAGCCGAUGGGUCGGAAUCUGAGGGACUAUUGUGCCGGUCUCCUGCGGAUGAGCGAAACAUUGAGAACACCUUUUAGCAAUCAUGGAGUGGCUAUUCGGGAAACGGAUGACACCGGACGAGAUGAUGCGGAAGAACCAGCGAGCGCUCAACAAAGCAAUGCGCGAUCUGGAUCGGGAAAAGAUGAAAAUGGAACAGCAGGAGAAGAAAAUUAUAGCCGACAUUAAAAAGCUAGCGAAGGAAAACCAGAUGGACGCGGUGAAAAUCAUGGCCAAGGAUCUCGUUCGGACGCGCCGCUACGUGCGGAAGUUCAUGCUGAUGAAGGCCAACAUUCAGGCGGUGUCGCUGAAAAUACAGACGCUGAAAUCACAGAACGCCAUGGGCGAAGCGAUGAAGGGUGUCACGAAGGCGAUGACCAACAUGAACCGCCAGCUCAACCUGCCACAGAUCCAGAAGAUACUGCACGAGUUUGAGAAGCAGUCGGAAAUAAUGGACAUGAAGGAGGAGAUGAUUAACGACGCAAUGGACGAUGCGAUGGAGGAUGAGGGCGAUGAAGAGGAAACGGAUGCCGUCGUGUCGCAGGUGUUAGAUGAGUUGGGUCUCCAGCUAAACGAUCAACUAUCCGGAUUGCCUCAAGCAUCUGGUUCACUGGCAGUGUCCGGUACGAAAACUCCUCAGGCAGCAGCAGUAGGAGCGGCUGGUGGUUCCGGUGGAGCUGGAUCUCCCGUUUCGGACGCGGAUGCCGAUCUGCAGGCGCGACUGGACAAUCUCAGACGAGAGUAACGAAGUACGUACGGUACGGUUAUUAUUGGUAUUGCCGAUUUGUGUAUCGCUCACAUACUAAGAUGCGAUCAAAAGGCAUUACGUCUCAAGUGCGUGCGAUCGUCACGAUCGUAGCGGUGAUCAUUGCGAACACCACAAUGUUAAACCAUUAAGGACGAUAUUUUGUUAGAGUGUCUUUUUUUUUAAAUCAUAAGUUGUACUCCCUUUGAUGCUGCUUUCUUUGCGUGAACAACGCGCGAAUGUAAAUAUGAGAAUAAAGUAUCGAAAACGGUUCGACCUCAGCUCGUCGUUAACGAACAAACGAUUGUUUACCAUUAAAUUUCUCAUUACAUUCAUCUUUCAAUAAGCUUACCUACUUAAUAGAACCAGAGUUUAUAUUGCAUCACAUGUUCACGCUGUGCUUUAUGUGUCGAGUAAGUGCUAUAUGAAUAAAA